CAACAACAGCACAUCCCUUUUUUUAUGACAAACACCCGCACAUCACCUACCGGACAGCCCUUUCUCAUUGGACGCUUGCUCUUUCUUCAAGCUUAUCAUCUUAAGUAUAGCCGUUACGGCGAAAAGCUACUCGUUGGGAUACGCCACCUCGUCAGCCACUUUAUGUCUAAUAGUGAUUUAAUAGGCUGCAUGAACUGGUUUGUCAGUCUGCCUUUUUGCCGCCAUGCACCAAAUGGUGAUCGCGUUUUUGGUAUUGCUGGCAUUUGCCGGCUUUGGUAAUGCGUACAAGUUGCAUCGAGGCAGGCCGUACCAUAAAUAUGGUAUGCUUGGAGAGCCAAAAUUCGACAACUCGACUAGUUUUUACGGAGAGCCUGAAAUUCUGUGGAUCACGCAGCGUCUCGAUAAUUUCAAUCCUGCCGAUCGUCGGACAUGGAAGCAGCGUUAUAUGGUCAAUGCUAAGUUCUACAAAACGGGCGGACCCGUUUUUCUACUACUGGGCGGCGAAGGUGAGGCUUCAGCAAAAUGGCUAUCAGCGCCAUCGCACGUGAUGAUUAUGGCGCAGAAAUACGGAGCUCUCGUCUUCCAGCUUGAGCAUCGUUUCUAUGGCAAAAGUCGACCGACUACUGAUUUAACAACGUCAAAUCUCGCCUACCUCUCUAGCGACCAGGCACUGGCUGACGCGGCGGCGUUUCGCAAUUCGAUAACAGUUUCGAAACAACUUGAUCAGAAUGCUCGUUGGGUAGUAUUUGGUGGUUCGUAUUCGGGUUCGUUAGCCGCGUGGUUUAAACUGAAGUACCCACAUCUCGCGGUUGGAGCUGUGGCGUCGUCAGCUCCGAUGGUAGCACUUAUAAACUUUGUCGACUAUAUUCGCGUUGUGCGUGAUUCACUUGGUCCGGAUUGUAGUACCAAGGUUAAGGCCGGCUUCGCCCACCUGGAGAAACUUGCCGCGCGUCGUGAAAAAUGGGCCAUUAUUGAUGGUCAAUUCAAGACCUGUGUUCCGUUCGACGCGUUUAACCAGUUGAACAUGCAGAACUUUUUUCAGACCAUGGCCGGGCUUUUUGAAGGUGUUGUCCAAUACAACAAGGACGAACGUAUCAGCGGGCCAAGUAACAUCACCAUCGAUACGGUAUGUGAUCUCAUGAUGAGUAACGAACCUUUUGACGGUCUUGUAGCUGUAAACGAUCUGAUAUUACAGAGCAACAACGAGACCUGUCUAGAUUAUGACUACGAUAAGUUCGUCCGAUCAAUGCGCAACGUCAGUUACGAUGCACGUUCAGGAGAAGGUGGACGCCAAUGGAUGUACCAAACCUGUGUAGAGUUUGGUUUUUUCCAAAGUUCAGAUGCUAAGGACCAACCGUUUGGUCAACAGUUCCCGGUUCAGUUAUUCAUCCAGCAGUGCCGUGAUAUUUUUGACGAUUUCUUCGAUAACGCAAUGCUUAACAGAGCUAUCUUCCGCACGAAUACCCAGUACGGCGGCAUAUACCCUCAGCUGAGCAAUGUCACGUUCCCGAAUGGAUCGAUUGACCCGUGGCACACCUUAAGCAUUCUAGAGAACCUCUCGGACAGCGUGACGGCAAACUACAUUGUUGGAACAGCUCACUGCGCCGAUAUGUAUCCGCCGGCAGCCACUGAUGCUAAUACAUUAACACAGGCCCGAACAAAGAUCGAACACGAAGUGGCCAAAUGGCUGCAGCAAUAAGUUUAGCAAUUGAAAAAGAACUAACGUUUUAAGUUCGUAUGUAUCGUGGAAAUAAAUCUGGCAAUAGUACAUUGCCGCAUUAAAUCA